CCUUGCACUGGGGCAGGCAAUGGGCCCUCCCAUGCAGAAAACGGCCCCACUACUCCCAAUUCCAGUCACCUCAUUGGCCGAUUCUCCGAAGCUGCAGCCCAGCGGCAGGCAAAGCAUCAACAAUUUUUUUGCUUCGCAUCGAUAAUCGCGAAUUCUGAGGUCGACUUGAAGGCCCAUUCGCAACUACCAAGCCGUCCACGCGCCGCCGCCAAUUGCCAGUCAACCACGCGGUCGCAGAUACAAUCGCCCACCAUGUCGCAAUCAGUCGUCGACUCGCCAUCACCCACCAAGUCCGAGAAGAAGCACAAGAAGGACAAGAAGCGCUCCAGAGAAGAGGCCGAAGAGGUCCCCGCCGUCGAAGAUGCCCCCAAGAAGCACAAGAAGUCCAAGUCCGAGUCGCUAGAAACCGAGACGACCGAGAAGAAGAAGAAGUCGAAAAAGUCAAAGAAGGAUGACGAGGAUGUCGAGGAGGAGGCUCCUGCCAAGAAGGAGAAGAAGAAGUCCAAGAAGAGCAAGGAGGAGCCCAUGGUAGAGGAGGAGCAAGAGGAGGAGGAGGCAGCGGUCGCAUCAGAAUCGGAGGCCGAGGAAAAGAAGAAGCGCAAGAGCAAGGACAAGAAGGAGAAGAAGGACAAGAAGGACAAGAAGAAGCGACAAGCAUCCGCCACCCCCGAGCUCGAAACCACAACCGCCGACGAUGCAAUGGACGUCGACACCACUACCUCCUUCCCCACCGACGACGUCGACUUCCCCUUCUACACCCAGGUCCACUCCCUUUAUGUGCCCUUCUACCCCUGCGGCUUCGACAAGCCCCUGACCAACGUCGCCGCCCAACACCUCGAACCUCUGCUCAACCACUACUCCCCCGUCCUCCGCGGCGUUCUCCUCCGCUACACCAACCUGAACCUCUCCGAGCGCCCCGUCCAAGCCUCCGUCAUCAACCCGCCCACCGACGAGACCCCCGCCCUCUUGCGUUCUGUCGACGAAUACGCCGUCGGCUUCGCCUACCUGACCUUCGACGCGCACAUGUUUAAGCCCGCCCGCGGCAAGUGGAUGGAGGGUGUUGUCCAGCUGCAGUCCGAAGGCCACAUUGGCGUGCAAUGCUGGGGGAGGUUCAACGCCAGUAUCGAGGCGAAGAGGCUGCCAAAGGGUUGGAAGUGGGUGGAUCUCAAGGGCGACAAGUCCUACAACCAACAAGAGGAGGAGGAGCAGGAGGAGGAGGAACAAGGAGAGGAAGAAGAGGACCAGCUGGACGGCGAAGAGCUGCAGGUUGUCGAACAAGUGCACACCACCGGCUACUGGGUCGAUGCCUCCGGCAAGAAGGUCUCGGGCAAGGUGCGCUUCAGAAUCAAGAACUUUGACGUCGGUCUCGCCGGCGACUACGGCUACCUCUCGCUCGAAGGCACAUUCCUCAACGACGAAGACGAGCGUGCUCUGCAAAAGGAGGAGCGCGAGCUGGAGCGCAAGCGCCGCUCGAGGCAGAACCCCGGUGGUCUCCUCAGACCGAUGAGCAGGAGAGUGCCCGAGUUCAGCAUGACCAAGUUCGGCAAGGAGGAGGAAGAGGAGGAUGCGGGACAGAGGACGGUGUUUGCAAAGGUGACGGGCAAGGAGGGAGAUGUUACGCCGGAUGAUUAGGUGUGGUCUGGGUUGACGUGCUCGGGGUC